GCUGUGGGCAUUGUCCACCAAUAUUUAACACAGGGAGAGAGAGAGAGAGCGAGAGACGGCAGAAGCUAGUGUGGACAGGACAGCAAAGGGGCGGCUAGAUACAAUUAAGAAGGCAAGUGAGGGCGAAGGGUUCAAAGCUCUAGGGCAGCUGUAGGGGGGAAGACUGAGGAGGGUGAGUGCCAUAUCUGCGCUGCAGGCGCCGCUCUUACCUCUCCCCUAGCUAUAGCUAAUCUAACCCUUUGGCCUUCCUUUAUAAGACCAGCUAGCAACGCAUGCUCAGACCUCCCAUUUUAUGUAUGAUCUCCGCAAGCUGAAGCUACAAUGGUUGGUUCUGAGUCCGAGGUUCCUCCGUGGGUGGGGGUUCUUCUGGGAGAGAAGUUCUUCAACGCUUGCUUGGCUCACGAGUGCCUCAAGAAGAACGAGAAGAACAUACUUUGCUUGGACUGCUGCACCAGCUUUUGCCCCCAUUGUUUGUCUCCCCACCGCCAUCACCGUCUCUUGCAGAUACGCAGGUACGUUUAUCACGAUGUUAUACGUUUGCAAGAUGCUCAGAAAUUGAUGGACUGUUCCUUUGUUCAAUCAUACAAAACAAACAGUGCCAAAGUGGUAUUUCUAAAGCAGAGGCCUAUGUCUCGACCCAUGAGAAGCUCCGGCAAUGUCUGCGUCACAUGUGACCGGAGCCUUCAAGACCCAUACCUGUUCUGCUCUAUUUCCUGCAAGGUUUAUAAUAGCCAAGUGACUAAGCAAACCGACAGGGGAGAGCCUUUCCUCUCCAAGUACUGCAAGUUCCUUCCUUUACCGUACGGACCUAAAGGUGGCGCUUUUCCCGAGCUUCACGACGGUCGAAUUAUGCCUCCGCCGCCCUUCCCCGAAUCCCCUGUUUCGUUGGGAGCUUCGUCUGGGUCGAGUGCGAGCAUAAAUGGCGGAGCGUCGAGUUGCAGAGCACUAGUUUCCUCCGCCACCACCGAGUUUGCGAAGAAGAAACGCAGCGGCAUGUCGGUUUCUCGUAGCUCGUACCGGCGGAGAUGCUUGCCGGCGUCGGAGUUGGCGGUCUUUAUGAGCCGGCGAAAGGGUUUGCCUCACCGGUCGCCACUGCAUUAGCAGGGAAGGCGUGGGGGAUAUAUUUGAUAUAUUUUACUUUGUAUGUCCACUGUUUGCAAUUUCGAAGACUAAUAAGGGUUGCUUCCGAAUUUUGUAAAAUUAUUGAUAGUUAUAUUAUAUCCUAAAGGCUACAGAGAGUA